CCGGCGCGGGGAGGCGGGCGCCGGGCGGGGGUUUGCCGGGCCGCCGCCGCGCGCGUGACGUAGCGCCGGGCAGGGCGUUAUCAGCUGCGGGCCCACAGCGAGCGACGCGCGGCGCAGCGGACGGCGCCGCUCGGCCCGGACGGCUGCAGCCCGCGGGGACCGCGCGCUCCUGGCCGACGACGCCGCCGCUGCUGCUGCUGCCGCCGCGUUCCUCGCCGGGCGGCAUGAGCUCGCGGCCGCAGCUCUAAGCUCCCCGCUCCUCCGCCCGGACGGCCCGGCUGAGGUGACGGGUGCUCGCUGCAGGGCCGGGGGCCAUGAAGCCGAGUUCGGCCGGGACGGCGAAGGACCUGGAGCCGCAGGCGCCGGCCCGGGGCGAGCAGCGCGCGGUGGAACCCGAGGGGCGCUGGCGGGAGAAGGGCGAGGCGGACACGGAGCGACAGCGCACCCGAGAGCGGCAGGAGGCCACGCUGGCCGGGCUGGCGGAGCUGGAGUACCUGCGCCAGCGCCAGGAGCUACUGGUCCGGGGCGCCCUGCGCGCCGCUGGGGGCGCGGGUGCCGCCGCGCCCCGCGCCGGGGAGCUGCCGGGAGAGGCGGCGCAGCGCAGCCGCCUGGAGGAGAAGUUCUUGGAGGAGAACAUUUUGCUGCUGCGGAAGCAAUUGAAUUGUUUGAGGAGAAGAGAUGCUGGUUUGUUGAAUCAGUUACAAGAACUUGACAAGCAGAUAAGUGACCUGAGACUAGAUGUAGAAAAGACAUCCGAAGAGCAGCACCUGGAGACAGACAGCCGGCCCAGCUCAGGAUUUUAUGAACUCAGUGACGGGGCUUCAGGAUCCCUUUCCAAUUCUUCUAACUCGGUCUUCAGUGAGUGUCUAUCCAGUUGUCAUUCCAGCACCUGCUUUUGUAGCCCCUUGGAGGCAACCUUGACUAUCUCGGAUAGUUGCCCCAAAUCUGCAGAUCUCAUAGGAUGGUUGGAUUAUACAGAAGGCCACUGUGAAGACCAGGCCUCAGGGGCAAUGUGCUGUUUCCCCUCCACACCACAAUUUAAUCCCCUUGGUGUCAUUGCAGAUGUGAAUCCCAAGUACCAGUGUGAUCUGGUGUCUAAAAACGGAAAUGAUGUCUACCGCUAUCCCAGUCCACUUCAUGCGGUGGCCGUGCAGAGCCCCAUGUUUCUCCUUUGCUUGACGGGCAACCCCCUGAGGGAAGAGGAGAGGCUGGGGAACCAUGCCAAUGACAUUUGUGUCGGAUCUGAGCUGGAUGCUGUCAAGACAGACACUUCUUUACCAUCGCCAAGCAGUUUGUGGUCUGCUCCCCAUCCUUUGUCCAGUAAGAAAAUGGAUGGCUACAUUCUGAGCUUGGUCCAGAAAAAAACACACCCUGUAAGGACCAACAAACCCAGAACCAGUGUGAACGCUGACCCCACGAAGGGGCUUCUGAGGAAUGGGAGUGUUUGUGUCAGAGUGACCGGGGGCAUCUCACAGGGCAAUAGCGGGAACCUUAAGAAUUCUAAACAGGUGCCUUUGCCCUCUGGCGGAAUCCCCUCUUUGGACAAUGGGACAUUCUCCCCACUGAAGCAGUGGUCCAAAGAAUCAAAGGCAGAACAACUGGAAAGCAAGAGGUUGCCCCUGCUAGAGGGCUGCUCCCUGGGUGCUGUUCCGGAACUUCAAAGUAAGCAUCUACCCAAAAAUGCCAAGCCAGCUGCCCAAGAACAGGCUCGGUGUCCCAAUGCUGUGACAGGGGAGGCCUCUAAAGAAAGCAGUCAGAUUCCAGCUGCCUCUCCAAAAGAGAGCCCUGGGAGAGUCCUCGCCCUGCUGCAAGAGAACAAAGUUGUCCAGCCACUGAAAAAGAUGUCACAGAAAAACUGCCUGCAGGCAGUCCCUCCCGCUGGGCCCCCUCCUGCCCCUCUUGCACCUCCUGCACCGCUGUCCUCAGCUUUCCCAGCAGAAGAGCGGCCUGCCCUGGAUUUCAAAAGCGAGGGCUCUUCUUCUCAAAGCCUGGAGGAAGGGCCUCUGGUGAAGGCGCACUUCGUCCCUGGGCAGCAGCCAGGCGUCCGCCCAAACAGGGGCACUCGGACUUCUGCAGGCCCGCGGGGCUCUGCCCUGAAGCACAGGGCCCAGCCUCUCCACGGCCCAGAUGGUGCCUUGCCCACUGUGAGGGAGAAAACCCGGGUGGCCAGCAAAAAGUGUCGGUUCCCUGAUGACUUGGAUACAAAUAAGAAACUGAGGAAGGUCUCGGCCAAGGGGAGGAGGAGUGGAGGCGGCCAGGCUGAGGCAGGUCUCCCCAGCCGGCCGCUGGGAGCUGCGCACCGGGCCGGGAGCAGGGCCCAUGGCCACGGCCGGGAGGCAGUGGUGGCUAAGCCCAAGCACAAGCGAACAGACUCGCGGCGGUGGAGGUCGGCUGCGGAGAUGUCCUACGAAGAAGCCCUACGGCGCGCACGACGCGCCCGGCGAGAGAAUGCAGGCCUGUACUCGCCUGCAGUGGCUCUUCCCUACACCAGCCCCUACGCUUACGUGGCCAGCGACUCCGAGUACUCAGCGGAGUGCGAGUCCCUCUUCCACUCCACGGUGGUGGACACUAGUGAGGACGAGCAGAGCAACUACACCACCAACUGCUUCGGAGACAGCGAGUCCAGUGUGAGCGAGGGCGAGUUUGCCGGGGAGAGCACCAGCACCAGUGACUCAGAGGAAAGCGGGGGUCUAAUCUGGUCCCAGUUCGUCCAGACGCUCCCGAUUCAGACGGUCACAGCCCCAGACCUUCACAACAACCCUACCAAAACCUUUGUCAAAAUUAAGGCUUCGCAUAACCUCAAAAAGAAAAUCCUUCGUUUUCGGUCUGGCUCUUUGAAGCUGAUGACGACUGUUUGAGUCAUACCAUGGGUGUAGAAAGUGUUUUUUUUUUUUUUCUAGUGACUGAAGGAAAGGUGGUAUCUUAGUUUUUUUGUGUAAUAAUUUCAUGGGAUGCUUUCCUUUUGUUAAGAUAAAACCGAAGUAAAUUAUGUCUCUUCAUUAUAUAUGGACACUAGUGCCUUUAAUAGAAGGUAAAGAAUGUUUUGCUGGUUAGAAGUAAAUAUUGAGGUAUUAAUAGUGGUGAUAGUGACUGAAUUUUUGUGGUAUCAGCUGAUUUGUAUUUUAAAUUCCCUUAGCAUCUGUGAAGGCACAGGUUUUGACGUUCAAGUCUUACUGGGAUGGGACCUGUUGAUUGAAGGUCAAGUAGAUGGAAUUAUAGGACAUACAUUUGCUUCUUGGUUCUUUCCAGCAGUGUCUCCAUGAGGGCUUUUCUGUAGGGCAUCGCAUAAUUGUGUGAAGUAGGUAUGAAGGACAGUGUGUGUUUUUGUAAUUUUUUAGUAAAGUCUUCAAGUCUCAGAUAUACCCCUAUCUUCUCUUCUCGGAAGUGGUUUACUGGACUCAGAACUUGAAAAUGGCUCCCUAAAUCCACAGGUCUGGUGAUCUGGAUGGGGAGGCCGAUAAUACCUUAAGGGAUUCACUAAACUUUUGCCACACUUGGUGCCUAGGCCCUGGUUACAUGAACCAUUUCUAGGGCCAUUUACCCAACAUUUUGAUGCCUUUUUUCUUCCUAAUUUGCAGCAGAUCCAGCCAUUCCUCCCUUGGAGGACUUGCCCUUGGGAUAGAAUUUUGCUCCUUGGGUACAGAGAAAUUUACUCCUCAUGAAAUAACCUUGGGCAUGACUCCAACCCCACAACUGCUCACUGAGCACUGUGCCACCUAAGCAUUGGCCUAAACAUGGUAGUGCAAUCCAGUCUAGAUCGGACCACCGACCCUCUCUGAAAGGGCUUAAGAAAAGUUUUUGGUAAACAGUAUUGUGUAAAAUUGCUUUUUUAAAUACCAACAUAUGCAUGUUUUGUGCAUGAGUAGUAUUUGUUUUGAUAUUCCUGUUGAUGUUAAAUUUACUGUAUGAUAUAAACGGUAUGUGUUUUAUAUAUCAUUGUGUAAAUUUAAUAUAACAUUAUAUGCUGUAAUAAACGAUUUGUUUUACUGCUGUUAAGUUUGUUAUUUGGGUAUAAAAACAGAUGUUUACGCCUAUAAAUCUUGUACUAAUUUUGUGGGGUUUAUAUUAGGCCUAUUCUCGCAUUAGAAUAUCAUUUACAGUAAUUAAGGUAGGUUUUAAGACCUUCCUUCAAAUCGAUGGUAAGCAGGAGGAAAAGCAAACUACUUCUUUAGAAUAGUAAGGUACUUCUUUAAAAUUUAAGGUAAAUGUGGUAGAUGCUUAAGGAAAAUAUUUCUGAGAAUUUCCUCACCCUCCAAAUUUUUAGUAGAAAAUAUUUAUGACAUGGAAAAGUUGAAAGAAUAGUACAAUAAACACCUGUAUAGAUGCUGCCUAGAUUCAGCAAUUGCUAACAUUCUGCCAUUCUUGCUUUAACUCUACAUUUAUGAGCUUAAGCCAUAUUGCUGGUUUUGUAGGUCAAAGAGAUUUUGGCAAUCCUCCCUCUUCCGGCCAGACAGCUCUAUGAUUUUAAAGUAAAUUUCAGGCACCAUGAUAUUUUAUCUCUAAAAACUUGUGUAUUUCCUAAGGACAAGAAGAUUCUCUUGUAUAACCUCAAUAUCAUGACAUACACCCAAGGAAAAUGGACAAUUCUUAAUAUCAAAAUUUUAAUCUCUUCAAAAUUUCCAAUUUGUUUCAAGAGUUUUUAAUAGUUCUUUCCCCCUUUCCCUCAAUCAGGAUUCAAUCAAUGUAUGCAUUGUGUUUGGUUGUAGAUCUCUAGUCUGUGGUCUUGUAUUUUUUUUAGAUAACAUUGGUUUUAAAGUCAGGACAGUUGUCUUAUAAAGGGCCCAUAUUUUGGAUUUGGGUGUUUCCUUAUGUGGCCUUAACAUCUAGUCUAUUUCCCAUAAACUGUAAGGCUGGAAUGGAUUCAGUUUAAUCAUUCUUGGCAAGAAGAUUUUAUUAGUGACCUUGUGUACUUAUAUUGUUCCCCAUCAGAGAAAAUAAUAGGUUGCUCUGCUAUUACUGAAUUUAAGAGUGAUCCUUUCACUAAGUUGGUAAACAGGUUUUUUUUCAUUAUAAAGUUUUUUUUUCCUCUCUGCAAGUGUUUGGUAUUUGUGGGUGAUUAUUUGGUGCUGUGUGGAUGUCCUGUUCUUCACAAGUGCUUACACUGCUGAUCUUUGACUGAAUCAGUUACUGCCUUGGGAAUGUAAAAUGGUAGUUUUCUAAGUAUCUUUUUAUACUUUUACUAGUUGACAUUCUACAACAAAGCUUUUUUUGAAUAUCACUAUGAACUCAUGGAUUUUUGUUCAUUUGAUAUCUUACAAUCACCUACAGUUAUUCUUUUUUAAUGCUCAACAUGUCUGAAAUUUGGCCAGGACAAGGCUAAAUUUUGUUAGAAAGAAACUAUAGCAUCAAGAAAACUACUUGAACAACAAU